AUGGCGGCCGGGGUACUUUACACUUAUCCGGAAAAUUUCCGUGCAUAUAAGGCGUUGAUCGCCGCACAGUACUCCGGAGCCGAUUUGAAAGUAGCUCCAAGCUUUGUGUUUGGUGAAACUAACAAAUCUGAAGGAUUCUUAAAGAAGUUCCCGGCUGGCAAAGUGCCAGCAUACGAAAGUGCUGAUGGGAAAGUUCUUUUAACCGAGAGCAAUGCCAUCGCAUACUAUGUCGCCAAUGCCGCCCUUCGUGGAUCAGACGUGGCCUCCCAGGCUGCUAUCUACCAGUGGGCUUCAUGGGCCGACAGUGAACUGCUGCCUGCCUCCUGUGCCUGGGUAUUCCCUUAUUUGGGCAUCAUGCAGUUUAACAAACUAAAUGUAGAGCGUGCAAAAUCAGACCUGCUGGCCGCUCUCAAGGUGCUAGAUGGACACUUGCUCACACGCACCUUCCUGGUCACAGAGCGCAUCACACUUGCCGAUAUCAUUGUCUUCUGCACUCUCAUCCAUGCUUUCCAGAACGUGCUGGAUGGUCAGCUGCGCGCGUCGUUCGUGAACGUGCAGCGCUGGUUCCUGACGCUGGCGCACCAGCCGCAAGUGGCGCGCGUGGUGGGCGCGCUGACGCUGUGCGACGCGCCGCCGGUCUACGACCCCAAGAAGUACCAGGAGCUGUCUCAAAACAAGAAGGAUGGUGGCAAGAAAGAGAAAAAAGAUAAGGCAGAGAAAAAAGAACAGCCCAAGAAGAAGGAGCCGGAACCCGAGCCCGCUGAUGAGCUGGACGAGAAGCCUAAAGAGUCCAAGGACCCGUUCGACUCCUUGCCAAAGGGUACAUUCAACAUGGAUGACUUCAAGCGCUGCUACUCCAAUGAAGAUGAGGCAGUGUCCAUCCCAUACUUCUGGCAGAAGUUUGACCCGGAGAACUACUCCAUCUGGUAUGCGGAGUACAAGUACCCCGAGGAGUUGUCCAAGGUGUUCAUGAGCUGCAAUCUCAUCACGGGCAUGUUCCAGCGGCUGGACAAGAUGCGCAAGGCGGCCUUCGCGUCCGUGUGCCUGUUCGGCGCCGACGACGACUCCUCCAUCUCUGGUGUGUGGGUGUGGCGCGGCGCCGGCCUCGCCUUCACGCUCUCGCCCGACUGGCAGAUCGACUACGAGUCAUAUGAAUGGAAGAAGCUGGACCCAUCCAGCGAGGAGACCAAGAAGAUGGUGCAGGAUUACUUCUCCUGGUCCGGAACCGACUCUAAGGGUCGCAAGUUCAACCAGGGCAAGAUCUUCAAG